UUCCCAUACGGUUUCGAAUAUCUCGGUAUACAAGAAAAACUUGUGCAAACACCACUAACUGAUCGGUGCUACUUAACAAUGACACAAGCACUUCAUUCAAGAUUGGGAGGUAGUCCGUUCGGACCUGCGGGAACGGGUAAAACAGAAAGUGUCAAAGCAUUGGGUCACAAACUCGGUCGAUUCGUUCUCGUUUUCAAUUGUGAUGAAACAUUCGACUUCCAGGCAAUGGGACGUAUAUUGGUUGGUUUAUGUCAAGUUGGUGCUUGGGGUUGUUUCGAUGAGUUUAAUCGUUUGGAGGAAAGAAUGUUAUCGGCAGUCAGCCAGCAGAUUCAAACCAUUCAGGAAGCGGUGCGUGCUGGUGGAGAUAUGAAGGUUGAUCUUGUUGGAAAGACGCUAUCCGUUAACUCAAAUAUGGCUAUAUUCAUCACUAUGAAUCCUGGCUAUUCGGGUCGUUCGAAUCUACCAGAUAACUUGAAACAGCUGUUCCGAUCGUUGGCUAUGACUCAACCAGACCGUCAAUUAAUCGCCCAAGUCAUGUUAUUCUCACAAGGAUUCCGGACCGCCGAAAGACUUUCCAACAAAAUUGUGCCGCUCUUCAUAUUAUGUAAAGAGCAGCUGUCGGAUCAAUGCCAUUAUGAUUUUGGUUUGCGUGCUCUGAAAUAUGUGUUGGUUAGCGCCGGUAAUAUUAAACGAGAUGAAAUUCAAAAGCGACAAGAGAACAGUGAGGAGGUGAAAAGUGUUGCAUAUUCUGAAGAUUUUAUGUGCACUUUAUGUUUUCCUUUUCAUUUUUCGUUUUGUUCGAUUGAUUACGUUCGGAUGAUUAAUGAAUUCUUCUUUCAGGAUGAUGAAGAUAUUUCCGGUGAGGUAUCAGAACAACAGAUUCUCAUACAAUCCGUUUGUGAGACACUUGUACCGAAAUUAAUCUCUGAAGAUAUCGCGUUGUUGUUCUCGCUUUUAUCCGAUGUAUUCCCAUCUGUACAGUAUAAACCAAAUCAAAUGGCCAAAUUACGUGCCGAACUCACGAGAGUGUGUGAUCAAUUGUUAUUGACGCAGUCAUCGGUACGCGGUGAGAUUGGAUGCGUAUGGCUUGAGAAAGUGUUACAGUUGUAUCAAAUAACGAAUCUGAAUCAUGGUUUGAUGUUGGUUGGUGCUAGUGGAAGUGGCAAGACAACCGCGUGGAAAGUUUUGUUAAAGGCACUUGAACGUUUAGAAGGCGUUGAAGGUGUUGCGCAUGUUAUCGAUGCUAAGGCUCAUCCGAAUACACGUGAAUGGACAGAUGGCUUAUUCACACAUAUCAUUCGAAAAAUAAUUGAUAACGUUCGAGGCGAGACAUCGAAACGGCAGUGGAUUAUAUUCGAUGGUGAUGUUGACCCUGAAUGGGUUGAAAACUUGAAUUCAGUGCUUGACGAUAACAAAUUACUUACUUUGCCUAAUGGAGAACGUCUCGCGAUACCACCAAAUGUUCGAAUAAUAUUCGAAGUGUCCGAUUUGAAAUAUGCUACGUUAGCGACGGUAUCUCGAUGUGGUAUGGUAUGGUUCAGUGAAGAAGUGGUCACUUGUGAGAUGUUAUUUGAUAAUUUCUUAAGACGUCUCAAGAACGUGCGUCUUGAUGUUGAACAGCCGGCGGAUGUAUUGGCACUGAACGUAACGAAUAGUGACGACACAACGAAUUCAUCCCCAGAAUCUGAUCGAGUUUUAGCAUUGCAACGUAAAUGUGCAGCACUAUUGAGUGAACAUAUGAGUGCAGAUGCACUGGUACCGUUAACGUUAAAUUAUGCAUUGUCUGAAUUGGAUCACAUCAUGGAAGCGACACAACAACGAUUACUGUCCGCAUUCUUCUCAAUGAUGAAUUAUGCAGUUCGACAGUUAAUCGUCUACGAUAAUAGUCACACUGACUUUCCGAUGCCAGUUAGUAUCAUUCAUGUUUUGGUUUGUUUGUCUCGAAACGGCGAUAGUAAAUGGAAAUCACGUCAGCAGCUGAGUGAUUUCGUCAGACAGUCAUCCACACUGCAGUUACCGCCGAAUGCAUCGUUACCAAUAAUCGAUUACGAGGCAGCAUUAUCCGGUGAAUGGGUGCAAUGGGUAUCAAAGGUGCCACAAAUGGAAGUGGAAACACAUCGCGUUGCAGCUGCAGAUAUUGUGGUACCAACAAUUGAUACGGUUCGACAUGAGAUGUUACUGAAUACAUGGCUAUCCGAGCAUAAACCACUCGUUCUAUGUGGUCCACCUGGUUCUGGCAAAACGAUGACUUUGUUAUCAGCACUUCGAUCGUUACAGGAUAUGGACGUGGUGAAUGUAAAUUUCUCUUCAUCUACAACGCCUGAGCUGUUGAUGCGUACAUUCGAUCAUUAUUGUGAGUAUCGACGUACACCGAAUGGUGUUGUUCUAUCGCCUGUACAACUUUCAAGAUGGUUGGUCAUAUUUUGUGAUGAAAUCAACUUGCCAGCCCCUGAUAAAUAUGGCACUCAGCGAGUUAUUUCCUUCCUCAGACAACUUGUCGAAAUGAAUGGUUUCUAUCGAGUCUCCGAUCAUACGUGGGUAUCGUUGGAGCGUAUUCAGUUCGUUGGUGCAUGUAAUCCACCCACAGAUCCGGGUCGUCAUCCGCUAACACUACGUUUCUUGCGUCACGUUCCGGUGGUUUACGUUGAUUAUCCUGGGCAAACGUCUUUGAUUCAAAUCUACGGAACAUUCAAUCGUGCUAUGCUGAGAAUGGCGCCAUCCGUUCGAGGUUUAGCCGAGCCGUUAACAAGUGCCAUGGUUGAUUUCUACUUGCAGUCUCAGGAUCGUUUCACGCAAGAUGAACAGCCGCAUUACAUCUAUUCACCUCGUGAGUUAACGAGAUGGGUUCGUGCCAUUAGUGAGGCGAUUGCGCCGUUAGACGGGGUUAGUCCUGAGGCACUUGUACGACUCUGGGCGCAUGAAGCACUACGGUUGUUCCAAGACAGACUUGUGAAGGACGAUGAACGACAAUGGACUGACGAAUUGUUGGAUCAAACGGCCGAGAAAUAUUUCAGUGGUUCAUGCAAUCUGAAAGAGGCUUUAGAAAGACCAAUGCUCUAUUCCUGCUGGUUAACAAAGAAUUAUUUGCCAGUCACAAAGGACCAGUUGAAAGAAUAUGUAGCAGCUCGAUUGAAAGGUUUUUACGAGGAAGAGUUGGACGUACAGUUGGUGUUGUUUGAUCAGAUGCUUGAUCACGUUCUUCGAAUUGAUCGUAUUUAUCGACAACCACAAGGUCAUUUACUUUUGAUUGGCACAUCCGGUUCUGGAAAGACCACUUUAUCGAGAUUCGUUGCAUGGAUGAAUGGAUUAUCAGUCUUCCAGUUGAAAGUACACUCUAAAUAUACGGCAGCAGAUUUUGACGAAGAUAUGCGGACGGUAUUAAGACGUGCAGGAUGUCGCAAUGAAAAGAUGUGCUUCAUUAUGGACGAAUCAAAUAUGCUCGAUACAGGUUUCUUGGAAAGGCUCAACACACUUCUUGCUAACGGAGAGGUACCUGGCUUAUUCGAAGGUGAUGAGUAUACGACACUGAUGAGUCAAAUUAAAGAAGGCGCUCAUCGACAAGGACUCAUGCUUGAUUCACCCGAUGAACUUUACAAAUGGUUCACUGCGCAGGUAAUGCGUAAUUUGCACGUAGUGUUCACAAUGAAUCCGUCUGGUGAGGGUCUGCGAGAACGUGCAUCCACCUCGCCAGCCUUGUUCAAUAGAUGUGUACUGAACUGGUUCGGUGACUGGACUGAUUCAGCACUUUAUCAGGUUGGUGUUGAGCUAACCAAUACUUUGGAUAUGGAUCGGCAGGAUUAUCAAGCACCAUUCGCAUUACCAAUUGUAUGCGAUUUAAUACAACAACCAAUACAGUACCGUCAUGCAGUUAUCAAUACAUUCGUUCAUGUACACAAUGCAGUUAGAAAGUUGAAUGAAACCGAAGCAAAACGUGGUCAUCGUGUGAUGGCGAUAACGCCACGACACUUCCUCGACUUUAUCAAGCAUUAUAUCAACGUCUUUCAUGAAAAACGACGUGAUUUGGAAGAGGAGAAGCUUCAUUUGAACAUUGGUCUUAGUAAGAUUAAAGAAACUGAAGAGCAAGUGCUGGAACUGCAGAAAUCAUUGACGUUAAAGAGUAGCGAAUUGGAAGCGAAAAAAAGUGCAGCGAAUGCUAAAUUGAAGGAAAUGAUAUCAGACCAACAAAAGGCUGAGAAGGAUAAACAGGCAAGUGAACAGUUGCAAAAAGAGUUAGCCGCAUCACUGAUUGAAAUUGACAAGAAACGUACCGAAGUGCAGCAUGAUCUUGCACAGGUAGAGCCAGCAGUUGAAGAAGCACAACAAGCCGUGAAAGGAAUUCGUAAGAAUCAACUGGUCGAAGUACGUUCAAUGGCAUCACCACCCCAUCUCGUCAAACUCGCUCUCGAAUCAAUUUGUUUAUUGCUUGGCGAGAACGUUGGUACGGAUUGGAAGGCGAUCCGUGGUGUAAUGGUGAAAGAUGAUUUCAUGCCUCGAAUUUUGGGUUUUGAUACGGAUAGUAUAACACCGGAGAUUCUGAAAGCCAUGGAGAAAUACACACAGAAUCCGGAUUGGGAUUUCGAAAAGGUGAAUCGUGCAUCAUCUGCAUGUGGUCCGAUGGUGAAAUGGGUUAAAGCACAGCUGUUAUAUUCGGAUAUGCUGAUGAAAGUUGAGCCAUUGCGUAAUGAAUUGAAACGGCUUGAAAGAGAUGCAAAGAUGAAAACCGAAAAAGGUGAAGAACUGAAGAAAACAAUCGCACUACUUGAGCAGAGUAUUGCUGCGUAUAAAGAGGAAUACGCUCAACUUAUUGGACAAGCAGAAACCAUUAAAGCUGAUUUAGCAACUGUUAAAGAAAAGGUUGGUCGCAGUACACAACUGCUGAAGAGUCUUGGUUCAGAGCGAGAUCGAUGGCACGGAGGAUGUGAUGGGUUCAGUCAACAGAUGGAUUCACUCAUCGGCGAUGCACUCCUCAGCGCUGCAUUCCUGUCUUAUUCUGGUUAUUACGAUCAGCAGUUACGUGAUCUUCUGUUCCAUCGUUGGAUUUCGUUUGUACAACAUGCGAACAUCAAAUAUCGUACUGAUUUGGCUCGUGUUGAAUAUUUGUCAUCAGUGGAUGAACGUCUUGAAUGGAAUAAGAAUGGUUUGCCGGUUGAUGAGUUGUGUGCUGAAAAUGCAAUCAUGUUACAUAGAUUCAAUCGUUAUCCUCUUAUCAUUGAUCCGUCUGGACAAGCGAUGAAUUUCCUGUUGAAGCAGUUCAAAGGAAAGAAUAUCACUAAAACGAGCUUUUUGGACGAUUCAUUCAGAAAGAAUCUCGAGUCUGCACUUCGCUUCGGUAACGCUCUUCUAGUGCAAGAUGUUGAGAGUUACGAUCCUAUUUUGAAUCCGGUGCUUAAUCGUGAAGUGAAGCGUACUGGUGGUCGUAUUUUGAUCACUCUGGGUGAUCAAGAUAUCGAUCUAUCACCAUCGUUCCAAAUAUUCCUCAUCACUCGCGAUGCAUCUGUUGAAUUUGCACCGGAUGUAUGCUCGCGUGUGACGUUUGUUAAUUUCACGGUAACACGUUCCUCACUGGAAAUGCAGUGUUUGAAUCAAGCACUCAGAAGUGAACGACCUGACGUGGAUGAGAAACGUAACGAUCUGUUGAAACUUCAAGGAGAAUUCGCUGUAAGACUGAGACAACUGGAAAAGGCUCUACUGGCAGCUCUGAAUGAGAGCAAAGGAAAAAUCUUAGAUGAUGAUUCAGUUAUAUCGACACUUGAGAAGCUGAAAACAGAAGCGGCCGAGGUAGCUCGUAAAGCUGCAGAAACCGAUAAAGUUAUGGCAGAGGUGGAGACAGUAUCACAGCAGUAUUCACGAUUAGCACAAGCAUGUUCGUUAAUCUAUUUGAUGCUGCAACAACUGAAUGAAGUUCAUUUCUUGUAUCAAUAUUCAUUGGACUUCUUGUUGGAAAUGUUUACCGCUGUGUUGAAUACACCGCAGCUUUCAUCUGUUACGGAUUAUGAUAAACGAUUGCAAAUUAUCACUUCAAGUCUAUUCCAGAUGGUUUAUCGUCGUGUGUCACAGGGCAUGUUGCAUCAGGAUAAAGUACUUUUAGCAAUUCUAUUGAUGCGAAUCCUCUUGAAAGGAAAUGCGCAAGAGCCAUCUCAUCAACUAGAGCUUGACCAUUUGCUUGGUCGUUCAGAGGUAUUCUCAUCACAAAAGGCGUCUGCUGAUUCUAUACCAAAGCUGCCGAAUCUUGAUUUACAACAAUCUCAUGCGUUGAUUCAGUUAUCACGUUUACCUGCGUUCAGUAACAUUAUCACAAAUGUUCAAUCUAAUUCUGCUUUCAUUACUUGGAUAACGCAAGAUAAUGCCGAAUUCGAUGUUCCGGUUGUUUGGAACGACAAUGACAAAUUGACGAAUAUCAGUCGUUGUAUGAAUGAACUAUUGGUAGUGCAUGCGCUCAGACCCGAUCGUCUGUUAGCAUCUUGUCAUCGACUUGUUGCAUCCGCAUUUGGCGUUGAAUUCAUGCAACAGGAUAGAAUUGUCAAUCUACGCGACAUCGUCGAGAAUGAAGUAUCAUCGAAUCGUCCUGUUCUUCUAUCGUCUGCGAUUGGUUACGAUGCAUCCGGUAGAGUUGCGGAUCUAGCCGUUGAGAUGGCUCGAGAAGUGACUUCAAUUGCUAUCGGUUCGGCUGAAGGCUUCUCUCAGGCAGACAGUGUGCUUCAUUCAGCAUCCAAGUCUGGUCGUUGGAUUCUUCUGAAAAAUGUUCAUUUGGCUCCAUCAUGGUUAACUCAACUCGAAAAACGCCUGCAUACACUUAAACCACAUCCUCAAUUCCGUUUGUUGCUUACUGCUGAAAUACACCCGAAACUUCCAGCCUCAAUUCUUCGUGCUUCGCGUGUUGUCGUGUUCGAACCUGCUACAGGUCUCAAGGCCAAUUUAUUGCGGUCGUUAACAUCAUUGGCUCCACAACGUAUGGCGAAACCACCAACCGAACGAACACGGCUCUACUUCUUAAUGUGCUGGCUACAUGCGCUUGUACAAGAACGAAUGCGUUAUACACCGCUUGGAUGGGCGAAUUCGUAUGAGUUUUCUGAUGCUGAUUUGCGUGUCGCAUGUGAUACACUAGACUCUGCUGUCGAUUCAAUCGCAAUGGGGCGAACAAAUGUUUCACCUGAAAAAUUACCGUGGCAUACACUGCAAACCUUAUUGUCACAGUGCAUUUAUGGUGGCAAAAUCGAUAACGAAUUUGAUCAGAAACUUUUGGAUUGUUUCUUGGCGAAAUUGUUCACACCGAAAUCGUUCGAUUCUGAUCGAGUGCUUAUCAGUAAUAUUGAUGGCAAGUCUGCAAACCUUUGUAUACCAGAUGGACAUUCACGAGAGCAUUUACUGAUGUGGGCUGAUCAAAUCCAUCAGCUGCAAUUACCGAAUUGGCUUGGUUUACCUAAUAACGCGGAGAAAGUGUUACUCACCGUUAGAGGUGAAGAGAUGCUGGCAAAUCUGUUGAAAGUGUCUGAUGAAGAGCUGGCAUUCGCUGGUGAUGAUCAGAAAGUGCGUUCACCUCCAUGGAUGAGUAUCUUGGCUGAACAAAGUUCCCAGUGGCUCAAGAUGCUACCAAAAAGUAUUACGAAAAUGAGGCGAACAGUUGAUAAUAUCAAAGAUCCACUGUUCCGCUUCUUUGAACGUGAAAUUAAUCAUGGAAUAUUACUUCUCACAGACGUAAGAGCUGAUUUACAGGAGGUUCAUGCAGUAUGCAGAGGUGAACAAAAGCAAAACAAUCAUACAAGAGCCUUAACAUCAGCGUUGAAUAAAGGUGUUGUACCAACUGGCUGGCUACGAUAUACUGUACCGAAAGGUGUCACUGUGAUGGCUUGGAUACACGACUUUGGGGAACGUGUCAAUCAACUGAGCAAAUUCGCAAAUUCUCCUGCGCUCAAGAAGGAGACUGUUUGGCUUGGUGGUAUGUUCUCGCCAGAAGCGUUCAUCACAGCAACUCGACAGCUGGUGGCACAAUCAAAUCAGUGGUCAUUAGAAGAGUUGAAUAUGCGUAUUGAAGUGGGUGUUGAUGAGGACAAAGUUGACAGUUUCAAAAUAAAAGGACUACGUGUAAUGGGUGCCGAAUGCAAGAAGGGUAAUAGAAUAGCGGUCGUUGAUGAUGUAAGUACAGAAAUGCAUACAGUGGCAUUAACAUGGACACGUGAACCAGGUCCAUCAAGUGCAAUCACUUUACCGGUGUAUUUAUAUCGCGAUCGUAAGAAUCUGCUUUUCACUUUGGAUUUCGAUCCUGGUAAUGUUGAGAAGACUGUUUUCUACGAGAGAAGUGUUGCAGUCACGUCAAAUAAUGCUCUGUCAUGA